AUGAGUGUACAGGAUAUGGAAAAUAACAGAACUGCAGAUUCUAUCAGUCUAGUGAAAACAUCUGGGCAAGAUUUGUUGAAAGUCUUCGAAUGGCUGAAAUCUCACCUCCCUCUCUCGUGGAAAUUGUCAUGCAUGCUGCGAGAAACCCUGGAGGGCAGAUGGAAAGGUCAAACGUGGUGGGUGUUACAAAGACAGGAUUCCAUUUUAGCCGUUGGAGAAGGGAUUCCUGACGAGAACAGCGAGAUCAUCAACUAUCUGACCAAGCCUAGGUGUACUUGUUAUUUCUCUCCCAAUCAUGUACAUGCGGAAAUGUUACUGACGUGGCCAGGUUUCAUCGACUGGUCAGAACCAUGCAUUUUUGAAAUGCUGUCCAACGACAACGCCGCUGUUGUGGGUGCUGUAAGUAAAACCAACAACGGCACAGACUCGUUUCCUCGUACAAUCCGGUGCAUAGCAAUAGUGGCUAACCCUGGAGAUGUUAAAUUAAGACCAGUCCCUCGUGACCUCACCAUGAGAGAUCUGGACCCACUGACCGACACAGAUCUGGUGAUCAGCACGUGGAAAUACUCACGCGCUCAUGCCGAUGAGUUUGUCAGGGCACUGAUCACUCACUUCCCGUCUGUGGGCUUGUUUGACCAAAACAACCGAUGUCUAGGGUUUGAGCUGACACUGCAGGACGAAAAAACUGGUUUACUGUACGUCUACCGGAAAGUCGAGGUCGUGGACUGGGCAAAGGUCAUCAUCAGCAAUUUGGGGCACAAGAAUUUUGCCCUGGGUCUUCCAGCCGCCGCGCUGGUUUGUCUCUGGCCAAUGCCACCAUCCUUGAAAAUGCAUCUAGAUCUCGGAUCUAGACUUCUGUGUGAGCUCCCUUAUGUGUUGCACAUCCCCGGGGACAAAUUCAGCGGAGAAACUGUAUUGAGAUUCACAUUCUUGAAAUCACCAAUCAGAGCCUUGUGUACAUUUUAA